AUGAUAUAACCACAAAGAAACCAAAACCAAACUAAAAAAAACCAUCAUCAUCAACGACAACAACAACAACAAUAGCUAACUUUGAACCACACAAUAAACCAUAACGACGACAAUUUUGUCAAGAAAAGGGGGUCAAUAUAAAUUUUGUGAAAAUCUUAGAACAAAAUCGAUUCAUUAAAUUCAUUUGAUUAUUUGUUUGUCUAAAAAUAAUUUUGAUUCAGCUUAUCCGAUUGCGAUCAUCAUCACAUUAUUUGAUGAACUUCAAACUCAAGGUCUUUCUUCAUUGAAAAUUUUUUGGAUAGAAAAAAGUGUCAAAAUCAAUCAAUAAGAAGAAAACAGCGAACAUUCGAACGAAUCCAUUUUGUUGUUGUUGUUGAUUUGAAACAUAUUGCUCUUUUCGUCACAUAUUUCGUCAUAAUUUUUUUUUGUCUUUAUUGAUAUCCGUCAUGUGUUGUGUUUUCUUAAUGUUUCUCGUUUUGUUUUUUGUUGAAUUAAACCCCUAAAAAAAUAGACUACGUCGACAACGAUAAAUAUCAAUCAUUUCUGUUUGUUUUUGAUUGUUUAUGUAUGUUUUUUUUUUUGCAAGCCAAUCAAACAUUGUCUUUUGUUUUUUUUUUGGGGCCGACUUGUCUUUUGUUUGGUUAUUUUUGUGUGUAUGCUUAAACACCAUUAUUACUACCAAUUCAUUUUUUUCGACUCUUUUUUUUCCAAAAUUCACCUAAAGAAAAAAUCCUAAAUAAUCAAGAACAACGACAUCAAAAAACAUAAAAUAUGCUCACCUGGCCUUCAGCUACUACCAACACCGCCACCAUUAUCCACAGCAACAACAACAAUAACUAUUUUGCUGAAUUAACUGGAAUUUAUUUACUAUAAUAUGGACCCCAGGGAACAAGAAUAAUGUCUAAAUGUGUUUUUUGUGUGUCUGUUGACCAAUAACUGAAAAUUUUUUUUUACCUUGCAAUACAAUGGAAUUGAAACAAUGGAUUGAUUGAUUUUCAUCAAUGAAAACUGGCAACAACAACGACAACAUUCUAUAAAUUCUCAUUUAAUCAUCAUCAUCAUUUGUGUUAUUGUUUAAGAAGAUACUUUUUGUUAUUGUAUUCGAUUUGGGUGUAUGUUUUUUUUCCUUGUUUUACUUUACUCUCUCUAUUGCUAUUUGUAAGACAUCAAAAAAUCAUUUCAAACAACAAACGAUUACAACCACAACGACGAUCAAUAUGGAUAUGUUAAGUGAUGAAGGCGAUCUUUACAGUGAUGAAGAUGAAUCUCAAUAUAUGCAAGGUGGUGGUGCCAAUAUGGCCAGCGGUAGUGGCAGUGAUUCUGGUCGUAAUGAUCGUAACAUUCCAAGCGCUGUAAGUGCUGAUAGACGUGCACACCAUAAUGCUUUAGAAAGAAAACGUCGUGAUCAUAUUAAAGAUUCAUUCAGUAGCCUACGGGAUUCGGUACCAUCUUUACAUGGUGAAAAGGCUUCACGUGCACAGAUUCUGAAAAAAGCAGCUGAAUAUAUACAAUUUAUGCGAAAAAAGACUACAAACGUUGCAACGGAUAUUGAUGAGAUUAAAAAGCAGAAUAAAAUGCUAGAAGAACAAAUUCUUAAAUUCGAAAAAAGAGGACUAACACUUUCACCAACACCAUCGUCAGCAUCGUCAACUCCUAAACAAACGUUAUUGUCACCAAAUAAUAAUUCAAAUUCAUUCUAUGGUGACCUAUCGGAAAAUAGUAAUGAAAGCAAUGUCACUAAUAAUAGUGAUUUGAAUUUGACUAUGAAUGGCGUGAUUACCGAUAAUGGCGGCAAUGGAAGACUGACCGAUUCGCCCUUAUUAUCCCAAUCAUCGGCAUCAGUUACACCAACUGUGGUAUCCAUGAAUCCUUCAACUAUUGUUCAACGACAGCCAACCGGCAGACAGAUAAAUCCAUCGGUACAACCAUUGACCACACAGCAGGCUCAAUUAUUGAUUAAUGGAAACACUUCGGGGCCAACUGUACGUUCAGUAGUAAAAAAUGGUUCAAGCACGAUCAUUGUACAGAAUCCUCAGAUUAAAUCAACUCCAAAUGGUCCUCAUGUAAUUCAUUUAUCAACGAACAAUAAUAACAGCAAUACAGCUACAGCGACCCCAAUCAUCAUUUCAACAACAUCGUUGGCCAACACUAAUGGAACCAGUGGUGCGAUUGCUGCCAAUGGAAAUGCCACUUAUACGGUGCUAAAUGCCAAAACUACUGGUGGUGGUGCUGCAUUAUCAUUGGCUCCAAAUACAAUGACAACGGCGGCUACAAAUGGUGCAUAUCGAACUGUCGUAGUACAACCGGCUACUGCUGCCACAUUGGCCCAACAAUCUUCAUUAAGUGGCGGCACAACAACGCCAAACAUCCAUAUUGUAUCAACUAUUCCAAACACAUAUUCCGGUAGAGUUGGUACUAGUACCGGAACAACCAAACGUUUCAAGAUCUCGACUACAACAACAACGCCAUCAGCUGAUUCAAUUGUUGAAGUUAAUAAUAAUAAUAAGAAAAAUAACAUUACCUCAUCACCAUCAAACACAUCAACUAUUAUUAAUACAUCAACCGGUAGUGGUUCAACAAAUGUUUCAAAUAACAAAACAUUUAAUAUUACAUCUGUUUCAUCAUAAAAAUUGCAGAAAAAAAUGAAAAAUUUCAAUUAACAAACAGAAAAAAAAUAAAUUUUUUUCAAAAAAUUUCUAUAGAAAAUAAAAUCCAAGGAUCCACACAACACUGGUCUUGUAAAAUAAAAAAAAAUUCAUUUUAUUAAAUUUAAUGGCAAACAUCCACCCACACACACACACACAAACAACAUUCACAGAGCUUCUCGCCUAUCACCUGUGCUGAACCUUUUCUGUUGCCCAUUUAUCAUUGAAAUAUAUCGAAUCAAUUCGAUCAAAUCUUCAAAACAUUGUUCGGAUCAAUUUAGCCGAAAAUAGUUUUUCUCACAUUUUUUCAACAAAUCACACUUAUUUGUUUCAUAAUGAAUGAAUAAAUUUAAGACACUCGAAUGAAAAGAGAAAAAACAUGCUAAUGAAAACCUCAUAUACAAAAUAUUUUAUUCGUUUUUUUUCUUGGCAAAUUUUCAUCUUCCACACACACA